GUUGAACGUCAGCAAAAUGUGUACACGUGAUACACAAUAUCGUAAACGUAACACGCAGAACAUGAGCUGAAGAGGCGUUCGUUGUACCUUUGUGCAAACUAUCCGAACGCGAAAAUCCCAUAAAUGGAUCGGGGGUCGAAGCGGCGGCAGGUGAAGCCUUUGGCUGACUCUUUGCUGGAUGCUCUGGAUUAUGACAGCUCAGAUGACAGUGAUUUUGAAGUUGGAGAUGCAUUAGGUUCAGAAGGCACUGGCAACGGGAGUGACGAGGAGGGUGCAAAGGACAGCGCUGCGGGCUCUGAGAGCGACUCUGACGCUGUUGGCUCAGCCGAUGAAGAGGGCAUAGAUGACGAAGAGGCCAAAGAACUGAAUGAAGACACCGAAGAAGAGGAGAAAGCCAAGGAGGAGUCAUUUUCCGAGGAGACCAACAGCAAAGAAGCAGCAGGGACCUCCAAGAAUCGCAAAAAAGGAGAAAAAUCCUCAGAUACAGAACCAAAUGGUACUGGCAUGGCGGAGGAAAGCUCGGCAGAGCCGAAAAAAUGGAACCUGCGGCGGAACCGGCCCAUGCUGGACUUCACUACAAUGGAAGAGCUAAACGAAAUGGAUGAUUAUGACAGUGAGGAUGACAAUGACUGGAGGCCCACACAAGGAAAAAAGAAAGGAAAGGCAUCAUCUGGAAAGGAGAAAGAAGGGAGUGAGGAAGAGGAGGAUGGGGGUAGUGAUGAAGAGGACAAUGAGGAUGAUGAGAACGAGACCUCUAGUAGUGACAGUGAGGAAGAAGAGAAGAAAUCGAAGAGUAAAGGAGGCAAGAGCACAGGGGCGUUUGAUGAGGAGGAGACCAAUGACAGCCACAGCACAUCACAUGGGAAGGGCAAUGAGGACUCUCUGUUGGAACGGCCCCAGACCUGGAGCUCCCAGCGGAUGGAGCAUAUCCUUAUCUGCUGCGUGUGUCUGGGAGACAACAGCGAAGAUUCGGAUGAGAUCAUCCAGUGUGACAACUGUGGUGUGACCGUGCAUGAAGGUUGUUAUGGUGUCGAUGGUGAAAGUGACUCUAUCAUGAGCUCAGCCUCAGAGAACUCGACAGAACCGUGGUUCUGUGACGCGUGCAAGAAUGGCGUCAAACCCAGCUGUGAGCUCUGUCCCAGUCAGGACGGCAUCUUCAAAGAAACUGAUGCGGGGAGGUGGGUGCACGUGGUGUGUGCCCUUUACGUUCCAGGGGUUGCAUUUGGAGACAUCGACAAGCUGCGACCUGUAACUCUCACAGAGAUGAACUACUCAAAGUAUGGAGCAAAGGAGUGCAGUUUGUGUGAAGACGCACGCUUUGCUCGAACAGGUGUUUGCAUCAGCUGUGAUGCUGGAAUGUGCCGCUCGUUCUUCCAUGUUACGUGUGCUCAACGAGAAGGACUGCUGUCUGAAGCUGCUGCAGAAGAGGACAUUGCGGAUCCAUUCUUUGCCUAUUGCAAGCAGCACGCAGACCGCUUUGACAGGAAAUGGAAAAGGAAGAACUAUCUGGCCCUGCAGUCUUACUGCAAAGUAUCUUUGCAGGAAAGGGAGAAACAGCUCACACCUGAAGCUCAGGCUCGAAUAACCACGCGGCUCCAGCAGUACAGAGCGAAAGCAGAGCUGUCUCGAAACACUCGGCAGCAGGCGUGGGUGCCCCGAGAGAAGCUUCCCCGGCCCCUCACCUCUAGUGCUUCAGCCAUCCGUAAGCUGAUGCGUAAAGCAGAGCUUAUGGGUAUCAGCACAGACAUCUUCCCCGUGGACACAUCCGAUACCAGCGCAAGCGUGGACGGACGGCGUAAACAUAAGCAGCCUGCCCUCACGGCAGACUUUGUUAACUACUACCUAGAGCGGAACAUGAGGAUGAUUCAGAUCCAGGACAAUAUUGUGGAGCAGAAGAACCUUAAAGACAAGCUAGAGACUGAGCAGGAGAAGCUGCACAUGGAGUACAACAAGCUGUGCGAGUCUCUGGAGGACCUGCAGAAUGUCAAUGGCCAGCUGAGGACCGAGGGCCAAGCCAUAUGGAGCAUGAUGGGGGGGGUCCUUGGACAGAAAUUGAACGCUCCUGCAGUUCUGAAAGCUCCCAAAGAGAGAAAGCCAAGCAAGAAGGAGGGAGGGUCACCAGGGAAGUCGUCGAACCUCCCAGCUAUGCUCUACAGCUGUGGGAUCUGUAAGAAAAACCAAGACCAGCAUCUUUUACUGCUAUGUGACACGUGUAAGCUGCAUUACCACCUGGGCUGCCUGGACCCGCCUCUCACACGCAUGCCGAAGAAGACCAAAAACAGCUACUGGCAGUGCUCUGAGUGCGACCAGGCCAGCAGUGAUGAGGCUGACAUUGCCAUGGAGACGCUACCUGAUGGAACCAAAAGGUCCAGGAGGCAGAUCAAGGGACCAAUCAAAUUCAUCCCUCAAGAAAUGAGCCCAGAACCCAAGAAGCCUCAAGUGAGAGGGACUAGAACCAGAGGCCAGAAGAGGAAAAGAACGUCCAUCUGCGAGGAGGAGAAGAUCGAGGAACCUUCACCGCGGGAGCGCAGACAGAGGCAGUCGACUCUACAGAAAAAGCCCAAAGCCGAUGACACGCGGACCGAGUGCACCACCUGCAAGGGCCCCGGCGACAAUGAAAACCUAGUGAGGUUGUGAGAGCCGGGCACCACCUCCUCCCCUAGAAAAGGACAGAUGAGAGAGAGACAGGGAGAGAGAGAGAGAGGGAAAUUAACUCGUUUGAAGAGCGGCGUUGGGGUCGGGGAGGAGCCACCUUCGACCGUCCCUUCUGCCCAAAUCCAUGGACCUAAUCAUGGUUAAACGACGGUCCGGCGAAAAUAUUCUGAAAGACUAUCGUAUAUGGACUAACGUAAAAUUGGUUCAGUUUGCACUGGGAGGGGGCGAUCGACCCUCAUUGGACACUUUAAAUGGACUUUAUAUGGACAGAAUACUCAGUUAGCCAGUUUGGAGGCACAUAGCGUCGUUCUUUGUGGAAUACAUGAACAGUAACGCUGUUUCUGGGCCUUUUGCUCUAUGGAUUAAGCCAGAUUCUGGGCCGUUUCACCAUCUUUGCAAGCGAUUUGCUGUCAUCUGGCCUUCUUUGGGCCUCCUGGACUUUCCUUUUCUCUCUCACUUUUACAUUGGCUUUAAAACAGCGCACACUUCACUCGAUCAGCUGUGUUAAUUGAGUCCAAGGUGCUUCUGAAAGCUAAUUGUGUCCUCUGUCUUGCUUUUAUUAUGAAUGCUUUUAAUGCUUUUGUUUCGUGACUCUGCUCUUUUUUUGCCUGUGAUGUUUGGAUUGUAUGGUUAAAAGUGGUUAGACGAUAGAAUCAGUCAAAUCUGUGUUUGAAUCUUUUUACUAGUUGUGGUAGCAUAAUAUAGCUCAAAAUGAUAAUAUUCAUACUUAAACUUAUAGUUCUUUCCUUAGUAUCAUAUCAGUGAUAGCCUGAAUCUCACAAGAACAUAUCUAGGUAUAUUUCACCAUUGAAAUUCACCACAUGAUACUCAUACAUUUCCUAUCCCGAAGUAAAGCCGGUUCUAUAAUUAGAAGUAAAUCUCUAUCACCUGCUUUCAAAUGGAGUGGCAUUUACUACACAGAGCCAUAGUUCACUGACAAAGCUACGCAAUAUCGCGUUCAUUAUUGCCGAUUAUCGCCUGCCUGUAGCUUGUAAGUGACAAGAUUCACAGGAUAAUCAAAUUUGACUGACAGGUGACACGGGGGUCUAACUUCCCACUUUGACGGUAUCCUGUGACUUCUGCCUUUAUGCCAUUGGGGACAGCCACAUGCUUUCUCAAACUGCUUACUCGCAACAAUUCCCUUCCCUGGGAUUUACACAGCUUUCCCUCUCUGGAUGACUUUAGCUGCCCUUUAACCUCUCACCCCACUGUAUCUCUAGCCGCAGCUUUAUCUCUCUCUUCUACAGCUGUCUUGCCUAGCUCACAGCAUACUGUGUGUGUAAGUGUUUGUUGGGGCACAUACUGCAUCUGCUUUGUCGAGAUAAUGCUGCAAGAUGGAGCCUUUUAGAUUACAGGUCGCCUGUUAAGUCAUGUGAUGUCAGUUUAGCGAAGUAUUGAGUUCUUUCUGGCUUGAGCUGUGCUGGGUUUAUUUUUUUUUGUACCUCAAAUGUUUUGGAUUUGAAAAGUUUAUUUGUACUUGAAUUAUUUUUCUUCAUAUAUUUAUUUGAUGUAAAUAUCUGACAUGGUAAUGUAUUUCUUAGAUAUUCCCCAUAAUUAAUGUGUUAAUGUGACUUAAACUGAGAUUAUGGCAAUGCAUCCAUGAGUAUUUGUGUCCUGUGUAUAUGCAGUGAUUUUGUUACCGUGCGUCAUUUCGCGCAAGUGUGGUCUUGGGACAGAGGCAUUGCGUCAUGCAAGCCUUAAUAAACUUUUGACUUUUUCGCCUCA